AUGUGGGAGGAAAGCGGCAGUGGCAGCAACAGUGACAAAGAAUUCGUAGAUUCGAAACACUACGAUGCAGUAUUUAACGAUUUAAUGCAAGAGUGCAAGCACAGCGCCCCCGGCGCGCGCCUGUCUGCUCGCCUCCGCGCGGAGCUGGAGAGGAUGCGUCCGGAGGAGCGGCGCGCGGUGUGCAGCCGCACGCGCGACGGCUGCGCGCCGCUGUUCGUGGCGUGCCGGCGCGGCAACGCCGAGCUGGUGGAGUACCUCGUGCACGUGUGCGCCGCGCGCCUCGAGCAGCGCGGCGUGUACGAGGUGCCGCACGACCGCUCCGCGCACCGCGUCACGCCGCUGUGGUGCGCCGCCGUGGCUGGCCGCCUGUCCGUGCUGCGCGCGCUGGCCGACGCCGGCGCCGACCUGGACGCCGGCUCCGACAGCGGCUCCACGCCCGUGCGCUCCGCCUGCUUUAUGACGCACCUCGACGUGGUGCGCUUCCUGGUCGAGCGCGGCGCCGACCUGCACCGCGCCAACCACAACGGCGGCACCUGCCUCAUCAACUCCGUGCAGUCCGCGCCGCUCUGCGCCUACCUGCUGCAGCGCGGCGCGCGCGUCGACGCGCAGGACAUGCAGCUCAAGACGGCGCUGCACUACGCCGUGCAGGAGCACCGCCUGGAGACCGCGCGCCUGCUGCUGGAGCGCGGCGCCUCCCCGCACCUGCGCUCGCGCGCCGGCGACGACGCGCUGCGCACCGCCUGCCUCAAGGGCGCCGCGCAGCUGGUGGCGCUGCUGCUGGCGCGCGUGCGCUACCCGCCCGCGCGCGUGGCCGACGCCUACGAGCUGCUGGGCGCCACGCAGCUGGACGAGUUCAACGACGUGGCCGCCGCGCUGGCCUCCUGGCGGCGCGCCACCGCGCUGCGCCACGCGCACCGCGGCGGCUACCUCGAGAAGGGCUACGAGGAGGGCGACGACGACGAGGAGCCGCUCGACGACGAGGAGGCCGCGGAGCUCGCCUUCUGGGAGAACGAGGAGGACCGCGCCAGCCUGCGCGGCGAGGCGGCAGUGGCGCGGCUGGCGCGCGCGGCGCUGGGCGGCGCGCGCGAGUGGCGCACGGUCGACGAGCUGGAGGCGCUGGCCGCGGACAUGGACGCGCUGCGCACGCAGGCGCUGCUGGUGGCGGCGCGCGUGCUGGGCGUGGCGCACAGGGACACCGUGUUCCGGCUCAUGUACCGCGGCGCGGCGUACGCGGACGCUUUCCGCUACCAGCGCUGCAUCGAGCUGUGGACGUGCGCGCUGCGCAUCCGCCUGCGCCGCGAGUCGCUGCUGCACGCCGACACGUGCCACACGGCGGGCGCGCUCACGCGGCUGCUGCUGGACGCGCGCGCUGGGCGGCUGGAGGGCGCGGGCGGGCGCGGCCUGCCGCGGCACGGCGACGCGGCCCGCGCGCUGGCGCUGCUGGCGGCGCGGCUGCCGGCGGCGCGGCGCGCGCUGCGGGCGCGGCCCGUGCACCGCCGGCAGGCCGACAGCUUCGACCGCGCGCUGCGCUGCGUGGCGCACCUGCUGCACCUGCUGCUGAGCACGGCGCGCGGCGCGCAGCUGGCGGCGCUGGAGGCGCGUGUGCGCCGCCUGGUAGCCGCCGACGUGCGCAGCGCGCACACUGGCGACACGCUGCUGCACCUGAGCGUGUCGCGGCUGAACGUGGUGCGCUCCACGUUCUUCGGCGACGAGGCGGCGGGCCCGGCGGUGUUCCCGAGCGUGCCGGUGGCGGCGCUGCUGCUGCGCUGCGGCGCGUCGGCGCGCGUGCGCAACGAGGCGCGCUCCACGCCGCUGCACGUGGCCGCCAUCCCGUACAACUUCUCGACGGAGCUGGUGGAGACGCUGCUGGCGGGCGGCGCGCACCUCGACCAGCCCAACAAGUUCGGCGACUCGGCGGCCGAGCUGGUGGCGCUGAACCGCGGGUCGCGCGUGUGCCCGCUGCGGCACGUGUCGCUGGCGUGCCUGGCGGCGCGCGCGCUGCUGCAGGCGCCGGGCGCCGCCGCGCUGGCGCCGGGCGCGCUGCCCGCCACGCUGCGGGACUUCCUCGACCUGCACCGCGCC